AUGGCGUCGUCUAUCACUGCUCCGGCCGCUGCCCCCGGCAGCGUCGUCAGGCCACCAGCUAAGGUUAGGCCACGGCCACCACCAUCGAGGUUCAACCCUAACGAUCCCCGCAGGAACGCGGAUGGCUCUGCUGUUGUCACUUGGAAGGGCCCAAUGCGAGCGGCUCCCGCGCGGAAAAAGUGGCCCAACCCGUUCCAGCGCAUGGUGGCCGCUGCGUUGGACGCGGUGGAGGACAGGCUAGUCGUCGGCAUUCUCGAGCGCAAGCACCCGCUGCCGCGAACGGCGGAUCCGGCCGUGCAGAUCUCCGGUAACUACGCGCCGGUGGGGGAGCUUCCACCCGCCGGGCCGGAGGACCUCCCUGUCGUGUCAGGCCGCGUCCCGGCGUGCCUCGAAGGCGUGUACGUCCGCAACGGCGCCAACCCGCUCCACGCGCCGCGCGCUGGCCACCACCUGUUCGACGGCGACGGGAUGCUCCACGCCGUACGCCUAGGCGGUGGCCGUGCCGAGUCCUACGCGUGCCGGUUCACGGAGACGGCAAGGCUUCGGCAGGAGCGCGAGAUUGGCCGCCCCAUUUUCCCCAAGGCUAUCGGCGAGCUCCACGGCCAUUCUGGCGUGGCGCGGCUGGCGCUCUUCGGGGCAAGGUCGAUCUGCGGCGUGGUGGACGCGUCUCAAGGGAUCGGUGUCGCCAACGCUGGGCUGGUGUACCACGACGGCCGCCUCCUCGCCAUGUCCGAGGACGACCUCCCCUACCACGUUCGCGUCACCCCCGAUGGCGACCUUGAGACGGUCGGCCGCUACGACUUCAAUGGGCAGCUCGAUGGCGCCAUGAUCGCGCACCCCAAGCUCGACCCGGCCACCGGCGAGCUUUUUGCGCUCAGCUACAAUGUUGUCUCGAAACCUUACCUCAAGUACUUCUACUUCACAGCCGACGGGCACAAAUCCCACGACGUCGAUAUCCCGGUCGACGAGCCAACAAUGAUUCACGACUUCGCCGUCAGCGAGAACUACGCCAUCGUCCCUGACCAGCAGAUCGUUUUCAAGCUCCAAGAGAUGGUGCUAGGCGGCUCACCGGUGGUGUACGACAAGAACAAGACGGCGCGGUUCGGCGUGCUGCCUAAGCGCGCUGCCAACGCUUCGGAGCUCCGGUGGGUGGAGGUCCCCGGCUGCUUCUGCUUCCAUCUCUGGAACGCGUGGGAGGACGAGGCCACCGGUGAGAUCGUAGUCAUUGGGUCCUGCAUGACACCGCCGGACGCCGUGUUCAACGAGUCACCGGACCAGGAGCAGAGCUUCCGAAGCGUGCUCUCGGAGAUACGCCUCGACCCGCGCACUGGUACGUCCCGCCGCCGCGCCGUGCUGCGGGAGGCCGACCAGGUGAACCUUGAGGCCGGCAUGGUGAACCGGCAGCUCCUGGGGAGAAAGACGCGGUAUGCCUACCUCGCCAUCUCUGAGCCGUGGCCCAGGGUUUCCGGUUUCGCCAAGGUGGACCUCGAGUCCGGCACGGUGGAGAAGUUCACCUACGGCAAGGGUCGGUACGGCGGUGAGCCCUGCUUCGUGCCGCACGCGGAUGGCUCCGGCGCGGAGGACGACGGGUACGUGCUCUGCUUCGUGCACGACGAGAGCCGCGGUAACGCCGACGGCACGUCGUCGGAGCUGCUGGUUGUCAACGCCCGGGACUUGCGCUCGGAGGCCACUGUAAAGCUGCCGGGGCGCGUGCCACGGAUUUCACGGCACAUUCAUCACCGCCACGGAGCUGCAGCGACAAGCCCAGCUAUAGCUAGCUAG